AGAUAUAAGAUUAAAAUAUGGGCGAAUCAUUUUUAUUUAAAAUAUGGACGUUGGACCAUCUUGGAAAAUGUACUAUCCUAAUAAAAAAUGAAGAAAACAUUUAUGAAGCUCUCAUAUUAAAGGCUUCACAAAAGUUAAAUAUAAAUGGGGAAAAAAUAUGUCUUUUAGAUGGGACAUUAAUAGAUGAAGAUGAAAUCCUUAAACUAUUAUCCAAAGAAACAAUGAUUCUGCUCCAAGCUGGACAAAUAUGGAAGGAAUGUGAUCAAACCGGUAGUUCUGGAUCUAUUUUAACCUUAACAGAUUCAUCUUCCAGUAUUACCUAUGACGUGAAUAAGGAAAACAUCUCUUCCGGGAGCAAUGAAAACAUUAUUUUGGCAAUGGAUGAAAAUUCAAAUUUGUAUUGGGAAAACUACGAAAUUCCAUUUUAUAAAAUCUCGCAUUUAAGUGAAAUUUUAAAAAAAGGAGAACAUACUAAUGCAGACGUAAACGAAAUGAUUAGAUUUAUUGUAAAUGAGAUGAGGAUUAUUUCUUCCAAACCAGAACGCCUUCCUGCUUCUUCAUUUAAAAUUAUUUGUAAAAAGAUAAUAAAUGAAUUUCCAUCUUUAAAAGAUAAGGACGAUGAUUCUACAAUAAUUGGUACUGGAGAUCAUUCAAUUUUAUAUAAGUUAUUGGAUCGACAAGCAUAUUUAAAUAGGCCACAUAAAAGAAAAAAUAGUUUUCCAAAUACGAAAAAAAUUAAAAAUUCAAGAGCAUGUUGCCCAAACUGGGAUCCUGAAACAUCACCUUCAUCAUCAUCUUCAAGUAAUUUGGAGUCGCAUGAAAAUUUUGAAGACAUGGAUCCCACAGCCCAAUUUAAUGUCUUUGUUGCACAAAGAAAAUUUUUAAACAAUUUUGCCAAACCUCCUUCCAUAAAUGAGUUGGUGACAAAAUGGCCAUUUAUGAAGAAGACUAAAUAUAUAAUUUGGCAUUUUACCCAACUUUUAAAAAUCGAACAAAGCUUAGAAGAAAUUAUUUCGUCAGUACAUAAAAAAUCAAAAAAUAUUUCAAAAUUCUUUAAAAAAUAUAUGGACAUUGAGGAUGAAAAUUUGAGGUUUGAAGAAAAUCUAAAACUUGUUGCAAAACAUUUUAAAGAAGAUAUUAAUUGUCUUUUGCAAAUGGAGGUUGGUAUUUAAAUUAAUUUAACUUGUAAAUACCUAUAAAAACUAAAAUAUUUUAGAAUAUCUCAUCAAGUGAAAAAGAUUAUGAGUUUCCAUGCAUUAUAGCUAUUGGUGAAACAUCCAACAGACCUUUUAAAAUUAAAAUACAAAAAUUUUGUUUUGAGGAAAAUUUUACAAAUUUCACAAAUGCUUUUUUAUUAGCUUUCUCCUGUUUUUUUAUUUUUAAUUUACCAUACCCCAAAAAAAUUUGCUGUACCUUGGAGUUUGUCCAAAGAUUUUUUUUUAAAAUGCACCCUGAAGACACCGGAUCUAAGUCAAAUGCAAAAAGUAAACAAAAAGUCCUUAAUUUAUUAAACAGAGUUUGUAAAAACGCAAACAAUAUUUAAUGGUUUUUACAUGAUUAAAACUAAAAUUUAAUUUUAAUAUUUUUUGUUAAACUACAUUUCCACCACAUUAGGUGAAAUUUUUUUUCAACAUUUUUUAAACACAUUUUCAAUUAAUCCAA